UCUACAAACGUAGCUAUCCAUCGGCCCUGGACUUGUCAAUAUGGCGAAAUCAAAAGAUUCAAAACGGAAGAGUCGGGAUUCUGAUAGUAGUAGUUCUGAUAGCAGUACCUCGGAGGAUGAACGGGAAGAUAACUGGGUUGGGCCCACGUUAAGUGAGGCAGCAAAACCAAAAAAAAGAAAAGUACUUGAGUUUGAGAAUGUUUACCUGCAGAAUCUUCCCAGUGCUUCAAUGUAUGAACGAAGCUACAUGCACAGAGAUGUCAUUACACACUUGGCAUUCACCAAGGCAGAUUUUCUAAUAACUGCCAGCCAAGAUGGGCAUGUCAAGUUUUGGAAGAAGAAGGAAGAAGGAAUAGAAUUUGUCAAACAUUUCCGAAGUCAUUUAGGUGUCAUUGAAAGCAUUGCUGUUAGUUCCGACGGAGCACUGUUUUGUUCUGUUGGUGAUGAUGAAGCAAUGAAGAUUUUUGACGUUGUGAAUUUUGACAUGAUCAACAUGCUUAAACUGGGUUACCAUCCUGGACAGUGCGAGUGGAUCCAUUCCCCAGGUGAUGCUAUUUCUGCUGUUGCAUGUUCUGCAAAGACCACAGGAAAGAUAUAUGUGUAUGAUGGACGAGGAAGUAAUAUACCACUGCAUGUUUUUGAAAAGCUACAUAGAUCCCCUCUCUGCCAGAUUCGACUAAACCCUGCUUACAAAGUUGUAGUGUCUGCAGAUAAAUGUGGUAUGAUUGAAUACUGGACUGGUCCACCACAUGAAUACAAGUUCCCCAAGAAUGUGGACUGGGAGUAUAAAACUGAUACAGACCUAUAUGAAUUUGCAAAAUUUAAAGCCUACCCAACUAGCAUUGCUUUUUCACCAGAUGGAAAGAAAAUGGCCACCAUUGGGUCUGAUCGCAAAGUUCGACUCUUCAGAUUUUUGACUGGAAAGCUCAUGAGAGUUUUUGAUGAAUCUUUGGCAAUGUUCACUGAGCUUCAGCAGACAAGACAGCAGCUGCCAGACAUGGAGUUUGGGCGUCGUAUGGCUGUGGAGCGAGAGCUGGAGAAAGUGGAUGGAAUAAGGCUAACUAAUGUAACCUUUGAUGAGACUGGCCAUUUUAUACUUUAUGGAACAAUGUUGGGAAUUAAAGUCAUUAAUAUAGAAACUAACCGAUGUGUACGUUUCCUUGGCAAACAAGAGAAUAUACGAGUUUUACAACUGGCUUUGUUCCAGGGUGUAGCUAAAACACAUCAAGCUGCAGCCACCAUUGAGAUGAAGGCCUCAGAAAACCCCGUUCUACAGAAUGUUCAGUCAGAUCCGACAGUAUUCUGCACAUCAUUUAAGAAGAAUCGUUUCUAUAUGUUUACAAAGAGAGAACCAGAAGACACAAAAAGUGCAGAAUCUGACAGAGAUGUUUUCAAUGAGAAACCAUCUAAAGAAGAAGUCAUGGCAGCCACACAAGCAGAAGGCCCCAAACGGGUGUCUGAUAGUGCAAUCCUGCACACAACUAUGGGAGAUGUCCAUGUCAAACUUUUCCCUGUUGAGUGUCCCAAAACAGUGGAGAACUUUUGUGUUCACAGUCGGAAUGGAUACUACAAUGGACAUAUAUUUCACCGGGUCAUUAAGGGAUUUAUGAUUCAGACCGGAGAUCCAACUGGUACAGGAAUGGGUGGGGAAAGCAUUUGGGGUGGAGAAUUUGAAGACGAAUUCCACUCAACAUUAAGGCAUGAUAGACCGUAUACACUAAGUAUGGCUAAUGCUGGGCCUGGUACAAAUGGAUCACAGUUCUUUGUCACAGUUGUGCCAACGCCAUGGCUUGACAAUAAGCAUACAGUUUUUGGGCGAGUGGCAAAAGGAAUGGAGGUCGUUCAGAGAAUCUCAAAUGUCAAAACAAAUCCCAAAACUGAUAAGCCGUAUGAAGAUAUUAGCAUAAUAAAUAUCACAGUUAAGUAGAAGCAUCAAAGUUUGUGUAGAACACGGUCUGAAAUCUGGCUGUAACUAAAACAAUGUUGUAGAGCAGCACUGAAAAAAUGCAGUUUGGAACUGUAAAUAAAUACUUUUUCACUGGGGUA